AAUGAACAUGGACGUCGGGAAUAUAACCGCGAAUAGUUAACAUGAUAAAUUUGCUCCGGCCCUCCAGUUAGUAUUUGAAGAUUGUAAUUCCAUGACGUGAAACACUCACUGGAAGAAACUGCGACACAGCUCUUCUUGGGUGGAAACAUGCAAGCGCUGUGGUGUCAAAAGUAUACAUGGCAACAACACCAACAGCAAGCAAAAACUUGUAAGGACUCAGACAUCUAGGACUUUGUACACAAUCCAACUCAAGAAGGUUCUUUAUCCUGUUGUUCCAUUCAUGAUAAUCUGGGAGUUGGUCAUCCCAACCUACACCUUUUUGGCACAUGUGCUGCAGGAUUUUCUUUCCACUGAGCAGCAGUUUGAAAGACAGGCUGAAGAAAUGUGGUCGCUUCCACUCCUCUCCCUACCAACCCCCUGAAGCAAGGCAGCAAACAAACACCACAUUGUCCUCCAAUCAUAAUCUGCUAACCAAUUUGAAUGAAUCUGUAUUGACUGAUAAGAGCACACAUACAGAAAAAUGUGGUAGUACCGACCAUGAUUCUAUUAACAAGGAAGAUGCUGGUAAAUAUGGAACAUUAAAGUUUGCUAAUGACAUGACCCACUCUGAUGUUAAUACCAACAUUUCAAGUGGAGGUUUGAAGUUCAGUGCAGAGAUUAGUUCCCAUGGCAAUCUUCAAGGUGAUGCGAGUGAUUCAGUAACCCCUGUUGCGACCUUCAGGACUCCUGUAAAUGUAAGGUCAAGGUCAUCUAUAAAGGUCAAAGGAAACAGGCUUACGUUCACUGAUACACAGGAAGCUAACGCUGGUGUUUCAAAAUCGGAAACUAGCCCUGACGAUUGUGACAAAGGAAGGGAGAAAAAUUGUGAUUUAGAGGAGAACUCUGCAGUGUCAUCUGAUGUGAAGCCACUGGAACAAUGUGGGUUAUCUGCCCCUGUGAUCUGCUCUAUUGAGGAAUUGGAGAGGCAGAUUGCAGAGAAGGAGGAGUCACUACGGAAACUCAACAUGGUAAAGAUGUAUCGGGCGAAGAACAACCUGGAGGAUUUACAGAGUCUUAUCGACAAAUGGCGUGGGGUAUCCCAGCAGUCUGUGACUGACCUCCAUGCCUCGAUGACUGAUGAACCCCGCCCCUCUCUGACACGGCUUAUUGACCACCUGGGCAUCGACCAUGACCUCUUGAAGUUUCGAACUGAUGACGACAAUGAAAGCUUCUACUGAGACUUUAAUGUUUUUCUUGUAUGUGCAAACAGCAUAAAACCAAAACAGCCUGCGAGUAACUCGCAGUCUGUUCAGGUUUUAUGCUGUUUGCUGCUCAUCAGUAUCUAAGGUUUGGAAAUGAAGCUUUAAAAACUUAAAUUAUGUAUUAAAGGUUUUUUAAUUAAAUUUAAUUUUGUAUGGGACUACAAAUGUGUCAAAAUACGUAUCAGAGUGGUAAAUGGUUAAUGUGGUUUGUAUGAGGCUGUUGAGAACGCUGCUAGAUGUUUUUAAUGUUAUAAAUUGACUUGCUGCUGUAUGGAUUUAUUUUAGAAAACCAGACUUGAUGCAUGUAAAUUUAGGGCCUUUUUUGCUUCUUAGAGAAUAGCUGUUUUUCACAAAUUUGAAAAUAUUGCUCCAUAAAUUUUCACAAUGUAAAGAAGUUUUUGACUCAUUUAUUUACAAUUUUGACCAGUAUGAACUAAAUUUUUCACUAUUUGAACACUUCGCAUCUAAUUUUUUUCUCAAAAUUAGAGGGCCAAGGCAGCUUCACAAAGAUGUGGGAAAAAGCGCUUCCAUUAAGUAUUGUACAGGAUAAGCCUGUGCACUCAGUAGACUUUCCACUGUAUGGAAGUAUCUUCUAAAAGUCUGGAAGUAUCUUCUAAUAUAAAUAUCAAAUCUAUGCAGAAAGUGUCUUCCUUGAAAAGUAUGUAAUCUGGGACAAUACUAUAUGCACAUGCAUUAAGCCCAGUUUUUCCAGAGACCAUUUCAUUUGUGUGUUAAAUUGUUAAUUGUUCCCUGUUUCUAAGCUGUUCUCUUCCCUUGAAAACUGGAGUGUAGGGACAUAAAUAAGUAAAUUACUAUUGUAAACUGUUCCAUUACUUUUAAAACUGAACUGUUUGUAAUGUUAUUAUGCCUCUUUUUGAAGAAAAAGGUAAUUAUUGUUUUGCUGGAUGUCGGUCAGUCUGUCUGUCUGUUGGUAGACCAGUACGUUUCUGAUCAAUAACUCAACAACGAAUUGACCGAUUUGCUUGAUACUUCACAUAUACAUUGGCCGUGGACAGUAGAUGACCCCCAUUGACAUUGGGGUCACUAGGCAAAAGGUCAAGGUCACAGUUAUUCACUAAGUGUGAAAUCGUUUCCGAUCAAUAACUCAUCAACUGAUUCACAGAUUGGCUUGAUACUUCUCAUGUCGAUAUUGGGGUUAUUAGGUCAAAGGUCAAGGUCACUGUCACAAUAAGUGUGAAAAUUGUUUCCGAUCAAUAACUCGUCAACGAAUUUACUGAUUGGCUCGAUACUUCACAUGCGCAUUGGCCUUGGACAGUAGAUGACCCCUAUUGAAAUUGGGGUCACUAGUUCAAAGCCCUGUGGGGGGGGGGGGCAUAUGUCUCCGACCCUGGAACUCUUGUUCCAUUAAGAGCUUGUUACAAUAAUUCAUGAAAAUAUUGUGUUACGAUUAUACCCCCAACCUUUUGUUUGCACACUGGUGGGAUAUGUUAUCAUUAUUAUUAAUUGUUCUUUAAGAGAAUGUAUUUGUUUUUUAAUAUAAGAGUGAGAUAUAAACUGUAUUGUUAUAUUGUUAAAUGGCCUAUAUGCAUAUUUCGAAAUGAACUGUUGCUUGUGUGCUUUUAUUAUAAAUUGUUGCUGGUUUGCUUUAUUAUUAACUGUUGGAUUAUUUACAUUUAUUGAGAAAAUGAUUCUCAGUUGACAAGUUCCUGUUGAGCUGUACUAAGCACAACUUGCUUAUGGUUAGCGUUUGUGAUAGCCUUUUGUCUUUUUUUUUAUAAAACUCAGACAAGUUAAUGCAUCAUUUGGGUUAAACAAAUAUGUCAAAGGAAAAGCUUGUGAACUCUAUAGGGGCAACAUUUAUUGCCCAAUCUUCAUAAAACUUUGACAGAGACUUUGUUUCAAUUAUAAUAUUAUUGGCUGAAUUCAAAACUGUGUCAAAUCUGGUUAAAAAUAAACUAGUCUCCUUGUCAAAUUAAAGACAAAGCUUUUGAACACUAGAAGCCACACCCGUUGCACAUUUUUUUUAUGAAACUUGGUUUGAACAUUUUACCUCUCGGCCGAGUUAAAACAGAGUAAUGGGGUCAAAAACAAGUCACUCAAGAGGCAACAUUUAUAUCCCAAUAUUCAUUAAUUGUAUAAUUGUAAACAUCUUCAUUUUUAAAAAUAAGGUUACCUGGUAAAAUGACAUGAAAAUUUAGUGAAAUUAAAGAGGCCACAAUUAUUACCCAGUCUUUAAUAAACUUGGUGAGAAAAUUUGAGUCAAUGAUAUUGCAGCUGUGUUCCAAACUUGGUCAUGUGGGGAAAAAACUGUGUCAUAAGAUCAAAAUAAAGAAAAAGCUUGUGAAGACCCUAGAAGUCAUACUUGUUUGCACAACUAAAAAAAAGUGCAUAUAGCUUGACUUUAUUUGAAAAUGAUAGUGGUUGUUUUAAAACAUGACUGCAAGGCUUGGGGUUGUUUGCUAAUAAGUCUACUGGAAACGUUGUGAACACUACCUUCUAAUAACAGUAUCAUUCCUUGGGGUCUAAGGUGAGCAUUUUAGGGCCUUUUGCCCUCUUGUAAUAUAAAGAAGGUUUUUAGGGCACGUUGUACAGUGGCCACCAUCUUGGUAAACAUUUUCCUUGAAGUAACUUUUCAGCUGAAACCACUUUUACUUUGUUAUCUUGUCUCAUUGAAAACAUGGCCUCAAGGAAGCAGUAUAGUUUCCCUUAAAUGGGAAUAUUUAAAUUUGGACACUUUCUUUGCAGAGACUGCUCAACGGAUGAAAAAUUAAUUAAAUGUCAUUUGGGUUAUCAUUUAUUUGUUGAGGUCAUUUUGUUUAAGUUUACACCAAUCAUUUUAGUUUGGUUUGUUAACAUGUUACGUGAUAUCCUCGUGAAAAAGGCCAUAUUCAAGUGUUUGUAAGACAUAUUGUUGAACUCAGGGCAAUCAUGGCCCAAUUUUAUUUUUGUUAAAAAUUGACAAAUUAUGUUCAUUUGUUUUAAAGUUACAAAAUGUUUUUGUGUUCCUUGAAAUGUAAAUAAAUCUUUAUUGUUAA